UUGAUCAUUAAACAAAAUCAUCAUCAUCAUCAACAUGAAUAAAACUAAUGAUGAUCAACAACAACAACGAUUCGAUAUUGAACAUUGUAUCGAUUGGAUUAAUCAUAUUGGUCCUGGAAAUGUUUGCCUAUAUUUUAUGUCCGAAUUUUAUCGAUAUGCAUGUAAAAUUGUUAAACAAUUACAAGAAAAACUUCCAAAUAUUCGAUUUUUUAUAAUGAUAACUUGUACAACAGGACCGGAAACAUUACCGUUUCGUUUACAAGAUAAUAAUAGCCAUAUUGAUGCUGCCAUCUAUUUUGGUUGUGAUUGUCUUUGUCCAGAAAAAUAUACGAAAACAUUGCCCAUAUUAUUCAUUACAUUGUUACCUUUGGAUGAUGAAUUUGAUUACAUUCUUGAAUUUGUGGAUCAAGAAUUUGGUGAUUUAUCCGAUAAAAAUGUUUUACUACUGUCUGAUUUAACGUAUUCAUCGUAUUUAACACCGGUUGCCCAUAAGAUUCAGCUAAAAAGUGAUUCUCAUGAAACGAAAAUCGAAACAACAAAAUUUGUAAAACCACAACAAGAAAAUUGGUAUCUAGAGCCACGAAUUUCAAAUUUAUUCGAAAAUGUUGAUGCAUUUUCAAUCGUACAAUAUCCAUAUCGAUUGAAAAAUAAUCUUUCCGAUUAUGAUUGCAUUUUGUUUUUGGGCGAAUGUCAAGAUCUGGAAAUGAUUAUCAGCUGUAAGAAAAUGUUGAUGAUUGAUCCAAUGAAACAAACUUUUCGAACAUUAGAUGGUGCCAAAGAAUUUCGAAAACGUAUAUCGUUGAUUGAAAAAUUUAAAAUUCCCAAUAAUAAAUCAAUAGGAAUUGUUUAUAAAGAUUUUCAAUCAUCCAUAUCGUCAUCAAUGAAAAAUGUUCGUGUAUUAUGUAAACGUGCUAAAAAACUACCAUAUUUUAUUUCAUUGAAUCAAUCAGAUUUUGAAUCAAGAUUGGGAAAUUUCACACAACUAACUGGAUUUGUAUUCAUCAAUGUUUGCCGCUGUGUAUAUCGAAUGGCCACUGAAUUAUCCCGUUAUUUGUAUCCGGUGAUUUUAUGGAAAGAAUUUCAAAUUGCUUCUGGCCACAAUAUUGUAUAUGGUGGUAUUGAAUGGAAUGAAAAUUUUGCAAUCAAUCAUGAUGAUGAUGAUGAUGAUGAUUAUGGAUCAAAUGAAUUUAAUGAUGAACAAAAUCUAAUGAUCAUUGAACGUAAUCAACAACAAAAACUUAAUUCCAAUGAUUCAUGGUAUGGAUUAAUUGUUGAUGUUGGAUCCACUGCAAUUGAAUCAAUUAAAUCUGGUCGUUCUGGUAUUGCUUCUAAUUAUGAUAAUGAACAAGAAUUGUUUUAAAAUUAAAAAAAAAAAAAAAAAAAAAAAUUUUCACUAUAGUGACCUCUAUCGGUGGUCAUAUGAACAAUUUUAACAUCAUCAUCAUCAUCAUCAUUGUAUAUCUGUUGAAAUAUCCAUUCGAUGACAAAAAAGCCACACCAUACGAGCACAAGUGUAUAUGUGUUAUUUGUGUGUGUGUGUGUGUGUGUAAAACAAAUUAUUACCAUGAAAAAAUAGUCGUAAUAAUAAUUUUUUUUUAACGACGAUAGAUUCCACAAUUCGCUAUUGCAUUGAUGAUGAUGAUGAUCAAUUGUCGUCGACGUGCUCAUUUUUGAAAUAAAAAAAAAUUUUUUUGUUUCUUUUGUUUGUUUCUAAAGUGUUUAUAUUACGAAUUAUAUUAAUAAUCCUGUCGUCCCUUUUUCCCUUCAAUACAACGUACAAUUUUUUUUUUUUUUUACCGGUGGCUUUUUUUCUUGGUGACAUUUAUCUUGUAAUAAAUUUUUUUU